AUAGAAAAAGAAUACUUUGGACCGCCUAUUUUCUGUUCCGGUGAAGGCGAGGCGCUACAUCCAAAACCCGCCAAAGCGCAGGCCUGCGACGGCGAUAGCUCCCGCGUAAGAGACGAAAGAGAUGCGUUUUCUCUCCGUAACUUCAGAUUUUAGCCUUAGUCCCCAUUGCUUUCCACUAAAGGUACAGCGACGAACUGCUGUUUGUCAAAUGCGUAGACAAGUUAAGAUUCUCAAGACCUUGGCGCCCCCUCUGAUUGCUGUGCUUAUAGCGUUAUAUCCUCUCAACAAAACCCCAGGAUGUUAUGCGCUUGCUCAAUCGGCAGAAAUAGAAAGAGGAGGUGCAUUGUUUAGUCACGCUUGCAUUGGCUGCCAUGAUGCUGGGGGAAACAUAAUUCAACCCGGUGCGACGCUCUUUUCAAGUGAUCUUGAAAGAAACGGAGCUGAUUCUGAAGAGGAGAUUUACCAAAUUACAUAUUACGGGAAAGGAAGAAUGCCUGGUUUCGGUGAAAACUGCAAGCCAAGGGGUCAGUGCACAUUUGGUCCCCGUUUGCAGGAGGAAGAGAUUAGGGUUUUGGCGAAGUUUGUAAAGAUACAGGCAGAUCGGGGGUGGCCAAACCCAUAGAUGCCGAUUGAUUUUUGCGCCAGAAUAUUAUGCAUUGGUUACCAAUUCAUAAUUUAUAUUAACAUUGUAUAUAAUUCUCCCAAAUCCCUAUCUGAAUCCAUGGCCUUAGGCAUGGAUCAUGUCAUCUGGAGAACUAGAAUGGAUUGCUGCGAUUACUCUUGUGAUAAAUAGCAAUGUUUAAACACUGUAAGCAUGCCGUCUGUUUCUGAAA